AUGUCCAAUUCUGACGAUUUAGAUGGUAAUGUGGACUAUGAUUACGAAUCAGAACCUGAGAUUCAAAUUGAGCGUGAACGAAAAGCAGAGGUUGUACUCAAAAAUGUCAAGAACACAUCUGAAGAAGAGGAAGAGGACGUUCAGAAUAAACUCAAGAGAUCAAUAGAGGCUGAUGAUACAAAGUCCAUUUCGAAAAGGAAAAAAAAAUUAAUGAAUUCUAAGUUCCACGAUAGGAAAAGAGAACAAAUUGAAUACGAUAUCGAACAGAAGAAAAGUAUUCCAAAAUCCUCACCUGAGGCUAUAACAGAGUAUUUUGCAAAGUCAAUCCGGGAGAAUAAUCCAGAUUUAAGUCCAUUGGAGCUCAAUGAAAUGUACCUUAAGAGGACAGAUUUUUUAUCUACUGAGAAAUUUGAUCAGGAUCGUGAUGUACUCAAUUUUACAGUUUUUAUGACGCAAUUUUCAAAAGCACCAAAAUGUAUCAUUCUUUCAAUGUCCAACAUAAGAGUAGCCGACUUAUUCAGAGGCUUAGGUGGUAGCAAGAACUGCUUAAAGCUGUUUGCUAAGAAUAAAUUCAAAGAUGACCUUGCUUCUGUGGAGGAGUGUUUUAAUGUACAUACAAAAGUGAAAUCAAAAGAUACACCUCAAGCGGUCAAAUAUUUCAUUGCUACUCCAACAAGAAUGGCAAAAUUACUGGAGGCAACAGAUGUAUUCUUCCAAGGCAAAGAUAAAUUGGAUAUCAUACUAGAUGCCAGUUACUUAGAUCCAAAAAACAAUACCUUGCUCAAAUGUGAGAACACUAAGGAAUUAUGCAAAGUCUUGAGAACUGUUUUGAACAAAAAAAGCUCUGUGAAAGUCUUACUUUAUUAA